CAUCCGAAGUAAGCAUAUAUUAUUCAAUACAAUUAUACGCUGCCGUAUUUAAUGUGCUCGGAAUUGCGGUACAAUACCAGUGUACAACAGCAUCAUCCGAGGUUCAUCACUGACAAUGGAUAGGGCAGGGUGCACCAAUCCAGAAAUGGACCUGAAAGCUUUCCAAAAAGAGGCACUCUCUGCUCAUAACAAAUACCGGGCAAAGCACGGCGUCCCAGCCCUGAAGUUGAGCGAUGACCUCUGUGCGCACGCGCAGAAAUGGGCAAAUCACAUGGCGAGCACCAAUUUGUUCCAGCACAGUAAAGCGCGGGGCUUCGGGGAGAAUAUCGCUAUGAAUUUCAACUCAAUGACCACGGAGUUUACAGGCCAGCAGGUGACUGACCAAUGGUAUUCCGAAAUCAAGGAUUAUAACUUCAGCAAUACUGGGUUCCAGUCGGGAACAGGUCAUUUCACCCAAGUGGUGUGGAAAGACUCGGAGGAGAUGGGCAUCGGUAAGGCGAUCGGCUCGAAGGGCCAAGUGUUCGUGGUGGGCAACUACCGACCGGCCGGCAACAUGAUGCGGUGUUACCAGCAAAACGUCUUCCCUCCCGGCAGCGCGACCAUUGCGCCAGGAUCGGCGGCUCGCGCCACGGAUGAGAGACCCAGAGAGCCAGACAUGAGGUCCGCAUUACCGGAAAGGAUGGAUCGGGGUGGCGGGAAUAUCCGCUCAAAGGUGCCCCAAGCUGACCUGAAACAGUUCCAGAAAGACUCCCUUGAUGUCCACAACGAAUACCGAUCUAAGCACCGCGUUGAUUCGCUGAGGCUCUCCGAUGAUCUCUGCAAGAGCGCCCAGGAUUGGGCAGAGCACCUGGCCGAGGCAGGCCGCUUGGAGCACAGCAAGCGGACGGAUAUUGGGGAGAACGUGGCCAUGCACUAUUCAUCCGCCACCACCCAAUACUCGGGCAAGGAAGCAUGCGAUCAAUGGUACAGCGAGUUGAGCAAGUACGACUUCCAGAAGCCAGGUUUUGCAAGUGGAACAGGUCACUUCACGCAGAUGGUUUGGAAGGGAUCUAAGGAUUUUGGCAUCGGUAAAGCAAUCUCCAAAGAUGGUAAGGUGUUGGUGGUUGGCCAGUAUCGACCUCCGGGUAACAUGGUGGGACGGUACGAAGAGAAUGUCUUCCCAAGGGCGGACGGCUACCGACCAACACCCAGCACCGCGCAAACCUCCAAGGUGACUCGAGUUGUCCGCAGCACGCAGUACGUCGUCGAGGAACCCCCGAAAACCGUGGAGCAUGUCACCCGACAGGUUGGCGGUGUCAAGCUCAAAGAUGCCGACUUGUCCCCCUCCGAUCUCCGGACAUUCCAGCGGGACGCCCUCGAAGCUCACAACAAGUACCGGGCCCGCCACGGCGCCGGCGGCCUGUCGCACUCGGAGGAUCUGGCGAGGCGCGCCCAGGACUGGGCCGGUCACUUGGCCGAGAAGGACGAGUUCAAGAACAGUGGCAACUCCGAUGUCGGGGAAAACAUCGCCAUGCAUUACUCCAGCGCCAGCACGGCUUUUUCUGGGGGAGAAGCCACGGAUAUGUUUUACCGCCAGGUUGUCAAGUAUGACUUUAAGAAACCUGGCUUCACAUCUGGCGCAGGUCACUUCACCCAGCUGGUCUGGAAGGCCAGCCGGGAGAUGGGGAUAGGCAAAGCGAUCACCAAGGAGGGAAAGGUCAUCGUGGUGGCCUUCUACAGUCCGCCCGGCAACGUCAUGGGCCAGUUCGACACCCAGGUCUCCCAAGAGGGGAAAUAAGCACGGCGGUGAGGAAACGCGAGAGGGCAGCAAACAUGGUGACACGUAGGAAAAUGGCUCUGUCCCUAUCGGUGUUAAGAAUUUUCUUUCGGUUUUCUUAUUUGAGCAAUAUUCUUAGGGUUGUGCUGUAGGUUUGACUGUAGUUCUGUUGUAACUGCGUGUUUAUUUUAAUAUGUUUUAAAGGUUGCGAAUUGUUUUCGAGAUUCCGUGGGCAUUCUUCUUCGAAUUGUUGUCUAGUCUUUGAUUUUCAAGCAUAACAUUAUUCCGUAGGUAUUUGCAUAUUUAUACCCAGAUAAUGUGGAGAAUAGCAAUGUACCUAGAAGUUGGACAUAUAACAUUUCCAAUAGCUCCUAUUGGCCAUUAAAAUAUUUGUCAGAAGAUAUAAUAUUUAUUUUGAGUAGGUGCAAACAUUAUUUUAGAACAGAAGUAAAAAAUGCAUAGAUCAAUCUCUAGUUUUCAAAAAUAUAUCUUUGUUGCUUUCCAAAAAAAGCUUAUAUCUGCGCUCCUGUCUUUCUGUCGACUGUGUUUUUUAUGUAUAUGAAUAUACAUAAAGUGCCUUGGGGUUAACAAAUAUCAUUAUCUUCCACUUCCAAAGCUAUGUUUCACAACUGAACAUGCCCUUUUUAAGCAUAAAUACGUGUAUUUUAUUUCACAAGGCUGAACGAUGAGUAAUUUGUUUAGUGCCGAGGUACAGAACAUUUUCUGCCAAGUUCAACAUUAGAAAUGAACUUAUUUGUGCCACUCAAGAUUUUGACAUGGCUUCUUCAUGAUCAAAGGAAUCAAAGCAACUUUUGCUAAAGCUGACGAGAUGUCGACUCUAACAUUUGCGUAGAUUUCAAGGUGUCUUAUCCGAGUGAACAUUAAUUGCAGUGGUUUUCAUGCUUGGAUACUAAAUAGUUACGAGUCUUGAUUAAACCCGAGGUUAGAGACCACACGGGAUGAAAAAAAAAACCUUUAUCGGCACAAAGAGCAUGAAAUCCAUUGGGCAAUGGCAUUGCCAUACUACUCCAGUACUGUCCUUUCUAUUCUGGACAAAUUGCUAGUAAGUUGUAUCUGAAAUAAUUAUUUCUUUCUUGUAGUUCAUUUACUUUUAGCAAUUGAUAAAAAAUGGCAGUACGCUGAUUUUUUAACUACAUUGAAACCGUGGUGACUGCAUCUAAUGCGGUAAAGUGAAUCUAAUUCAUCCAUUAUUUAAUCUGUAUUGCUGAUUUUGUCGUAGACGACAAUAUUUAUAAUUUUAUUCUUAUGUACAUUCCUUAUUUCGAAAUUGGGGAAGAUUAGACAUUCCUUUUCUUGUUUGAAAGAAUUGACUAUUACAUUCCUUAAUAUUAAAUUGGCCUAAUCCCACCUUCUUCAUAUUAAUAUGUAAACUACUUGCCUAUACCGAAGUAAUAAUUUGUGGCUGUUCAAUAUUUAAUGUUUGUGAAAAAUAAUUAUACUCAUGAGGAGUUUUUAAUUAAUAAUGUUACAGUGAAUAAUUCUUUAUUUAUCAAAUUAUCAAACAUAAACGGUGUUAAUAACCCUUUUGUUAUAGUUCUGGAAUUUCUUUCUAUUGAAGUUGAAAUUACAAUAACAAAAUAGGCUAGUGGAGGUAACGGUUUGCUGUCAUCAAAUUUCAUUUUAUGUAGGCCGUUUGACUUACUGGUGCAACUGAACACUGGUGUACAGUAAUAAAACAACCGUUAUUCAGUCAGUGAUCUGGGCUGUUGCCAGUGACCAGACUGUCAUUGAAAUUAAAAAUUUACAUACAUGUAUAACAACAAUAUUUCCCAUUAGUUUCCAGGAACUUGUCUCUUUUAAAAUGUGUAAUUCAUCCAAUAAUUAAAAUAUAAGAUCCACGAAGUUUCAACUUGUUCAA